UCCAUUUUUUCUCUCAAACAAGCAAAGCAAAGGGACAGAGACACAGAGAGAGAGAGAGAGAGAGAAAGAUAAAGAAGUUCGAUUGAUAGAUUAUAGAUAGAGAGAGUGAGAGAGAGAGAGAGUUAUCUGUCGUUUAUCUAUCUUCCGGCGAGUCCUUCUCCGACUGUGAGAGAGAGAGAGAGUACAGUCUUCAACACUCUCACCGACGAUAUUCAUACCGGACAGAGACUGGAGCCAGUGAAGAAAAGGGUCAUUUAUGGGAGACGCCGUAGAAAGAGGUUUGGAAUGCCAGAAGACUAUGGAUGGGAAGGAGAAUAAGAGUAAUGGUUUAGAGAAGGAUAUUCCUUCAUGCUGUUUGAAAGCCAUGGCUUCAGCCCCUGAGUUGGAGGCAAAUUGUCACUCUACCGUUGUUUCUGGGUGGUUCUCAGCAUCUCAAACUCGCUCCGGGAAAUCUGGGGAAGUUGUUUAUUUCAACAACCCAAUGUGGCCAGGAGAAGCUCAUUCAAUCAAGGUAGAAAAAAUAUUGUACAAGGAAAAGUCAGAGUACCAAGAGGUCUUGGUUUUUGAGUCAUUAACUUAUGGGAAAGUUCUUGUACUUGAUGGGAUUGUUCAGUUGACUGAGAAGGAUGAAUGUGCUUACCAGGAGAUGAUAGCUCAUCUUCCCCUCUGUUCCAUUCCGUCCCCCAAAACGGUUUUAGUUGUUGGUGGUGGAGAUGGUGGGGUUCUGAGGGAAAUAUCCCGCCACAGCUCUGUGGAGCAUAUUGAUAUUUGUGAGAUAGAUAAGAUGGUUAUUGAUGUUUCUAGGAAAUUUUUCCCAGAGUUAGCUGUUGGGUUUGAUGAUCCUCGUGUACACUUGCAUGUUGGUGAUGCUAUUGAAUUUCUUAGACGUGCUCCCGAGGGGAGGUAUGACGCAGUAAUUGUCGAUUCCUCAGAUCCUGUGGGUCCUGCCCAGGAACUUGUAGAGAAACCAUUUUUUGAGACUAUAUCUAAGGCAUUAAGACCUGGCGGAGUUCUUUGUAAUAUGGCAGAAAGUAUGUGGCUUCAUACACACCUUAUUCAAGACAUGAUCUCCAUUUGUCUGCAAACAUUUAAAGGUUCUGUUCAUUAUGCAUGGACAAGUGUUCCAACAUAUCCAAGUGGUGUGAUAGGAUUUCUUCUAUGCUCAACAGAGGGGCCGCACGUUGAUUUUGUGAACCCCAUCAAUCCUAUUGAAAAGUUAGAAGGUGCUGAUAAGCGUGGAAGGAAACUUAGGUUCUAUAACUCAGAGAUACAUUCGGCUGCUUUUGCACUUCCUGCUUUUCUGAAGAGUGAGGUGAGGUUGCUCCGCGAUUAUUCUCGUCAGUAGCAAUGCUUGUUUGCCUAUUGUACCGCUAGUCAUUCGAGGAAAUAGAUCAAUGUGGGAGAUAUAGGAACCUGGUGUGAUUAUUUGUGGGAGAAAUAGGAACCUGGUGUGAUUAUUUAUGUCAUCCAAUUCCGUUUGUGAACCCAUUUAGCUUCGUUAAACUCUGGGCGAUUUUGGAUGGCACUAAUUUAUCAUAUUAUUAGCCUCUGUGGUUACGUUUAAGCUUGAAAGCAUGCAUUGCCAGUUACUAUUAAUGUAUUGAAAUAAUUUGGGAUGCAGAUUGUGGAUUUUAACCAAUAUAAUUUUGUAUUUGUCAAUAAAAUAUAAUAUAAUUUCCCAUUGAAAUGCUUA